AUGGAGACGAGCCGUAUGAUCGAGGCUGGCGAAGACGUCAAAUUAACACCAUCAUCAGAGGAUAAUAACUGGAUUGAUGGAAGCCCUAACGCGAGAUCAGUGCUGAAAAUUGAAGUCGGAAAAACCGAGGCAACUGUUGGAUCCGGUCAAGAAACGGGAACGGAUGAUUCGAGUAAGUGUGUGGCUUUGUUGGCGAAUGGUGUUAAUUUGCGGCGAGUGAAACGAGCAAAGUUGUUGGCACCCAGAAAGGUUUUCCUUCGAGACGGAAAGUGGUUAUGUUAUCAUACGUGCUGGCUGUGGAAGUAUGUACCGCUCCGAAUCAAAUGCGUUGAUGUUGAUGAUGUGUUGGAGGUUCGAAGUGGCUUCAGUUCGGACAAUUUAAAUCGUGCCGCAACCAAAUACGACUUCCGUGAACACACUUCUGAGGAUAUGUGCGUAUCGAUAAUUCUUGCGCAUCACCGUUAUCUGCACAAAUCGUUGGAUUUUGCGGCUGACGAUCAGCAGUCGAAACAGAUCGUCACAAAUGCACUUCAAUAUCUGGUUGAGAAGAAGAAUAAAGCGAGAAUGCAUUUCGAUGAGAAACGUUGGUUGUUGGAGAACUUCAAGAAGGCGGAUGUCAAUAAUAACGGGAGACUAUCAUUCAACGAAGUAUGGAAGUUGCUAAAGAAACUCAAUUUGCAAAUAAGUGAACCAUAUGCAUUGGCCAUGUUUUUGGAUGCAGAUACGAAAAAGACGGAAUCAUCGACUGGUGAUCGGGUUCUGGAUCAGAAUGAAUUUUUGCUAUUUUUCGAAAGAUUAACUCAUCGGCCAGAGUUGGAUAAUGCAUUGAGGCUGUUCAGUUCGAUUGAUGAUUGCGCUUUGACGGUGAACGAUUUGCGUUCAUUCCUGGUUGACGAACAGCAGUUUCCUGAUGUUGAUGAAAAAAAGUGUGAAUCAAUUAUUGAAACAUACGAAACACCAACAAAUUCAGAUAACAUUCGGAAAGGCAAAUUGCUUGGACCUAUUGGAUUCAGACGUCUUUUGCAGUCGCGAUGGGGUCACAUAAUGAAAGCCGGUCAUGAAUCUGUAUUUCAAGAUAUGAAUCAUCCGCUGAGUCAUUAUUUUGUCAACUCAAGUCAUAACACCUAUCUGACAGGAUUGCAAAUGAAGGGUGAAGCCACUGUUGAGGGUUACAUAAGUGCGUUGAAGAAAGGCGCUCGACUUCUCGAAUUGGACAUCUUUGACGGCGAUCAUGGUGAACCGUGCAUAACACAUAAACGAACUCUGAUAACGUCAAUCACGCUCAAAAAUGCACUGCAAGCAAUUGAUAAGUACGCUUUCGUCACAAAUCCAUAUCCGGUCAUAUUGACGAUUGAGAAUCAUGUUGGCUUACCGCAACAAAAAGCGAUGACUCGAAUCUUUAAUGAGGUUCUCGGUAAUAAAAUCUAUCAACGACCAGAAAAUGCGGCUGUCACGCCGCUACCUUCACCGAAUGCCUUGAAACACAAAUACUUGCUGAGAGGAAAGAAGCUGCCGUCAGAGACUGGUCGUGAUACACAGUUAGAUCAAGAUGAUGAUGAACCAAUUGAACAAAAGGAGAAACAUCAUCAAAUACAACUGGAUCCUGAAUUUUCACGUCUCAUCUCGCUGCCAUCCGUCAAAAUUUCAUCGAAUAUCUAUCAGGAUGUCAAAGAACACCCAAUGGAUGGAUCAGCAUCGCUAUCUGAAACGAAGGUAGAGGCAAUGAUGGAAGGAGGAACAUCAUUGGCGGUUUAUACAGCAAGCAGAUUCGUGAAAUCGUAUCCGAAGGGACUGAGGCAAGACUCGAGUAACAUGGAUCCAAUGCCAUCAUGGAUUUGUGGCAUUCAGUCGGUUGCGAUGAACAUGCAGACUUCCUCCGAAUAUCUCGACAUGGUGCAUGGUCUGUUCCGUGUGAAUGGCAAUUGUGGCUAUGUACUGAAACCGGAUUGUUUNCUGAACGGUUUAGAUCCCCGCCUAUCUGAGGUUUCUGGAAAAGUGCGGAAAAUACUGUCAAUUGGAAUAAUCAGUGGCCAAUAUUUACCGAAACCAACGCCUGGAAAUGACGUUAUCGAUCCGUACGUAACAGUUGAAAUAUUCGGAAUACCGGCAGAUGCACAAAAAUACCGAACAAAAACGAUUGCUGAUAACGGAUUCAAUCCAGUUUGGAAUGAAACGUUUCAAUUGAACUUGCACUGUCCAGAGGUGGCAUUACUUCGACUUUGUGUGAAGGAUUUUGAUUCGACAUCUGCGAAUGACUUCGUUGGUGAAUAUACAAUUCCUGUUGAGAGCGUUCGUUCAGGAUAUUCUCAUUUGCGCCUCAAUACGGGAUAUGGACACACAAUUGAUGAAUCAGCGUCGUUACUGAUUCGGAUCGCUUUCGACUGA